UCGUGCGUUCCACAGACUGUGAAAAAAAGUGCCAUAGAGCAAACACAUAAAUGACGUUGAAUUUUCCUUGACAUUCCUAAAUGUUUAAAAAUGGCAGACGAAGCACUUGCUAGAGCUGGUCUUCACUUUGAUGAAUUAAACAAAAUAAGAGUCUUGGAACCAGAUGUAGCACAACAAACCGUUGAACUUAAAGAAGAAUGCAAAGAAUUCGUGGAUAAAAUAGGCGAUUUUCAAAAGAUAGUGGGAUCUUUCAUUGAAGUGGUGGACAAUGUUUCCAAAGAAGUUGAAAAAGAGAAGAUGAAGGCAAUUGGAUCUAGAAAUUUACUUAAGUCUAUUGCCAAGCAACGAGAAGCACAACAGCAGCAAUUGCAAGCACUAAUAACUGAGAGAAAAAUGCAACUAGAAAGAUUACGGAUACAGUAUGAGGCUCUACAGAAAGAAGAAAAUGAACAAAAUGAAUUCAUUGAACAAUUCAUAUUACAAAAGUGAUAUAUGAAAUCUCAUCAGUGUUGUGUUACAUGUCUUAUGUAAAUGUAAAUAAUUAUGUAAUUAUGUCUUAUAAUUAUGUAAAUAAAACAUAUUUUAGUAAU